AUGUCGGUGUCCGACCUGUUGUACCCAAUUUUUUUUUUCAUCACUUCUUUCAGUGAUGCACGCCGGUGGCGUCGGUCAACGGGGACAGAACAUCUGCAUGGUCCUUCUUCUACUGCGGUUCGUCUCCACUUUUGUUUCCAUCAAGAGCCUUGUUUAAUUUUACAGCUGUUGAUCGAUUUGUUGCUGUGGUUUUUCCUCUCCAUUCCCCGUUCUUCAGUACACAUAUGUGUGUAGUGGUUAUCUUCUUCAUCUUGAUAAUGGCAAAAGUCUCGUCCUUCCCAAUAUUGUUGCCCACCUUCGACACCGUGAAAUUCAGUGAGAAGCAAAACAAUAUUGAUUCUCUCCUUAGGCACCUGCGAAUAGUUACCAUUACAAUUCCUUUUAAGAUUUUGAGCAUUCUUUAUUCUGACAGACUUUUCAAAGUCAAACUCCAAAAGAUUCACGACAAACGAUCACUUAACACCGUGAAACAACCCGAAAGAAACUCUCCAUUGUUGGACAAAUUCUCCUUGUCAGCACCUUAG